GUCGGAUAUUAGCAGCUGCCUACCGACGUACCUGGUACGAUUUAGCUCCGACGGACUUUCAAAGUCCAAUACAUUUAAAAGCUGUAUUGCGCUCAGGUGUUGAUAUCCUUGGUGUAUAUGGCGGGAAAUAUCAUACCACCUUUACAAAGUCUACCAGUUUCUCAUUCAAAGUUUAUCUACUAUCCAUGUCAUAAUAUCAUUACCCUGGUGAAUAAUAUCGUAACACGCUCUAAAUCAACUAUCAUCGAUUAUCCCACACCUCUACGCCGCUAUGCCAGCCGACCCCAAAGCUCAGGCUUCAUUCGAGGCAACCUUGCGAGGUUUGAUCCAGCGACAGCGCACGAAGCCUACGCCUUUACCGUCAGGACUUAGCAUCACAGGCCAGACCGCCAUCGUGACAGGCAGCAACGUGGGGCUGGGCCUGGAAGCGUCCCGGCAGCUGUUGACGAAGGGGCUCUCGCGCCUGGUGAUGGGCGUGCGGUCGCAGGCCAGGGGCGACACCGCGGCGGCAAAGCUCCGCGAGGAGUUCCCCGACUCGGAGGUUUCUGUUUGGAUCCUCGACAUGGAGUCGUACGACUCGGUGCGCGACUUCGCGGGCCGGUGUGGCUCGCUGCCGCGCAUCGAUGUGGUGAUACUGAACGCGGGGCUGAUCACGCCGACGUACCAGGCCGCCGCGGCCACCGGCCACGAGACCACACUGCAGGUCAACUACCUGUCCACGGUGCUUCUGGCGCUGCUGCUCGUCCCGGUCCUCAAGGCAAAGAGGGCCGCCGGGGCCCCCAGGCCGCCGGUGCUCACCGUCGUGGGCUCCGGCGGGGCUUACAACGCGACGAUGGAGAUGGAUGGCGGUAUCCUCGAGCAGAUGGACAAUGCGAAAGGCUACGGCCCGUUCCCUGCGUACGCGAGGUCGAAGAUGCUGCUCACGGUCUUCGUUGGGAAGCUGGCCGAGCUUGUGGACCCGUCGGAUGUGUUGAUCAACACAAGCAACCCCGGGAUGACCGACGGGACGUCCUUUGCCAGUGACGGCGACGUGAUUCUGAGAUGGAUAUUCCGAGUUAUCCACUUCUUCCUGGCACGGUCGCCGGAGGUCGGGGCUUCGUUAUACCUCGACGCGACUCUGGUGCGAGGGCCCGAGAGCCAUGGGAAGCUCCUCAGCGACUGGACCAUCAAGCCAUUCCCAGAGUUAUGGUAUACCGAGGAGGGUCAAAGGUUCGCGGACAGGCUCGUCAAGGAGACAAUGGAGGAGCUGGAGCCGGUGGGAGCGUCGCUGCCUCAAGGGGCGUAGCCAUUGGCAAGUCACCAGUCGAUCAGGUUAGGCUGUGAUGCAGGGGGUGUACCUAGGUGAAUACCGUCCAGGUAGAACCGGAUAGAUAUCCGGAUAUCCCGAUGGCUGGGAUAUGUGAGAAGUGUGGAUGGCCUCACGGGCACGGUGCCAGCACGUGAACGGAGUUUUUCAUACAUCAUUGAUGGCCUUGCCCUUCUUGAAUAAUAACGAACGCCAGCACUGGGUUAUAACUCAACCCCUUAAUCUGAUUGUUUC